AUGGCGGAGUCAGGAGGAGGCGCGGCAAGUAUCAACGAUAGCAUUGCCCCAUUUUUGGAAACUAUGAUGAAAGCACGCAGAGUUAUACUCGCCUUGGUCACUGCCGUUGCCAAGAGCCAUGCUGUACCAUUUUUGACUACCUUCCAAGGCAGCUAUGGCAAUUUAGGAAUCUACCCAACUGCUAAACUUCUGAGGAAUCAUGCUCAUCUCUUUCAUCACACACGGUUUGCCUGA